AUGCCUACCAGAUUCAGCAAGACGAGGAAGCACCGCGGUCACGUCAGUGCCGGUAAGGGACGUGUCGGCAAGCACCGCAAGCAUCCCGGUGGUCGUGGUCUUGCUGGUGGUCAGCACCACCACCGUACCAACCUCGACAAGUACCACCCUGGUUACUUCGGUAAGGUCGGUAUGCGCCACUUCCACCACCUUCACAACCACGACUGGAAGCCGAUUAUCAACGUCGACAAGCUGUGGUCCCUGGUUCCUGCCGACAAGCAGGCUGAGUACCUCAAGGCCGGCGCCAACUCCGACAAGGUCCCCCAGAUCGAUCUGCUCUCGUUCGGUUACUCGAAGCUGCUGGGCAAGGGCCGCCUGCCCGAGAUCCCGAUGGUUGUGCGUGCUCGGUGGGUGAGCAAGGAGGCUGAGAAGAAGAUCAAGGAGGCUGGCGGCGCCAUCGAGCUCGUCGCGUAA